AUGAGCUCUUGGAAUACGUUCGCCUUCCAUCAAGACAACCCCGUCAGCACGGCGUGGAACAACAUGAACAACGACUCCUGUCUGCCGAACACGACUGCGCCAUGCAGUGGUCUGGGAUACCCGGUUUACGUUGUCAAUGCAACGUCUGCCAAUGAUAUCAAGCUCGCAAUUGACUUUGCGCGGGAGAAUAAUGUUAGGUUGAAUAUUAAGGCUUCGGGACAUGACUAUCUCAAGCGAUCUGCAACUCCAUAUUCUCUAUCAAUCUGGACUAGGUACAUGGUCGGAGGAUACGAAUAUCAUGACCAAUUUAAGCCAAAGGGCUGCGACAUCACAAUAAACACCACGGCAGUGACUGCAGGAGCCGCGUCAUAUGUCAGUGACAUAUACUUCAACCUGGACCAACACAACCUAACAGUUGUUGACGGCAUGGGACCGGAAGUCACUAUGGGCGGUUAUCUUACUGGCGGUGGGCACAGUCCCAUCUCCAACAUCUUCGGACUAGGUUCCGAUCAGGUUUAUGAGGUGGAGAUGGUGACGCCCACAGGAGAAAUAAUCACUGCAAACGAGUGUCAGAAUACAGAUCUGUUUUGGGCGGUUCGAGGUGGCGGCGGGGGCACCUUUGGAGUCCUGACGAAGGUGACUAUUCGAACGGUUCCAUCCACACCAAUCGCGAUAUACGACUUCACGAUUGAAGCACAACCAAACUCCACGGCCUACUGGGACAGUGUAGCAUAUCUGCUAGCACAAUUUCCCACCCUAUCUGACUCGAACGUUGCGGCGUAUACAUAUCUUUACCCCAAUACCAGCGCUGCCGGGCUUGGGGGUGAUGUGGCAUCCUUCCAAGCAGUUUUUGCCCUGUACGACCCUGCUUCGGCAAAUAUAUUGGAGGACUUGCUGAAGCCCUAUGUGCGUCAUGUCAAUGAGACGUACUCAAACCAAACAACUAGAAAAGUGACCUCAACCGUCUUUUCAAACUUCUACAGCAUGUUUCUCGAGUAUGCCGACGAUGACGGAGCAGGGGUGGAUAAGGUGGUCGGAUCUCGGCUUUUGCCCCCGGAGAUUCUGACAGAAGAUGCUUUCAGCGGCGCCCUGAUGGACUUCUUGGGAGAUUCAGGAGGAAGAUUGUACAUGGUUUCUGGUAAAGGUGUCUGGGAUGCGGAACCAAGGGGCGGCAGUGAUGCGGUCAACCCCGCCUGGAGAAAGGCGUUAAUCCAUGCCGUGACUUCUCAAAGCUGGACGCCUCUCAAUUGGACUCAGCAAGCGAUUGCUGAGUACAACAUUAACAAUGUCCAAACCGAAGCUUUCCGGCAAUUGGUUCCUGAUUCGGGAGCUUACAUCAACGAGGCUUAUUGGAAUGAACCCAACUUCCAGAACGCAUUCUGGGGUUCCAACUAUGAAAGAUUGCAAGAGAUCAAGAAAGCUGUUGAUCCGGAUGAUGUAUUUUGGUGUCAUAUUUGUGUUGGGAGUGAGAGCUGGGAAGAAGUUGGAGAUUCUUUAUGUCGAGUUUAUUGA